AUGCAGCCGCAAUCUUCAACACGUCAGACGUUUGUGGAAGAUUAUUUUUACAACAAUGCUGCACACGAGGGUGAGGGUUGCCAUACUACCGCAAGUGUGGCUGGAGCUGACCAUUUUACGGCCAAUCUCCUUCGACAAUUAGCAAAGAGCGGACAACCGCCACCAGAGGACCUCGGUCCACAGCAAAGGGAACCUACAACCCGACGUUCACCAGUGCAGAAGCGCAGUUUCAAAAGAGCAUGCCGCCGCAUGAUGGCACAUGGCUAUGCAUGGUACCAUGGACGCAUGAUGACGUCCCAGGACUUUCCUCAAGCCCUACAACAUUCAUUGCAACAGGAGAAACGCCCUGGAACCACAUGUGCCAAUCACCUGCAGGGUGACAGAAAUAGACUCCGGGUCCUGCAAUGGAAUCCAGGGGGCAUCAACCAAGGAGUUUUCCAAGAAUUCAAGUACUGGCUGCGGAAUCAACCAAUCGACAUUGUGGUGAUUUGUGAAACGAAGUGGAGCUUUUCGUCAUGCUGGAGUGAUGACAGAUGGUCAUAUGUACACUCCACCACUGAUGAACACCGAUCAGGCGGGGUGUUAGUAAUGAUCGCCCGCAAAUGGGCCGGACCAGACCAAAUAGGCUUCCAUGAAGAAUUGCCUGGUAGGAUUUUACAUGUCCGUUUGCAUUUUGGCACACGAUCUACCGAUGUUGUAGCAGUUUACCAGCAUGCAGACUAUCGUGACAAAACAUCCUAUGACCGUAGACAAAAAUUUUGGACUCACCUUGAUCAAUAUUUGCACCGUCUCCCCAAUCGGAACCAGCUCAUUUGCAGUGGAGAUUUUAACUGCGCUCUGCAGAUGCAGCUACCCUGGAGUGGCACACAUGGCUUCAGGUGGCAGGGGAGAAGGCAUCAGGGAUAUCAACAUCGGGACCACCACCGGUUCCAGAAUCUCCUGGCGGACCAUCACCUGGUGGCACUCAACACCUGGGACGAGUCCAAAGGCCCAACAUAUUAUCAUGGUGAGUAUGCGGCUAGGAUUGAUUUCAUUUGUACUCGUAUCCAUGCUUGUGAUGGUAAAUCAAAGGACGUGGCAUAUCUCAACACUGCUGAGUUUGUCCCCCUAAAUGCUUCACAUCACAUCCCCUUGUUGGCAUCAAUCCGAAAACUUCCUGUACAAUAUCAUGUGACACGUGUCCCCAAGGCAUGUAACUUGGAUCAAAGGGCCAGAUGCAGACAAGCUCAACUGCAGGAUCUGCCCCAAUGGCACGAUUUGACGGAGAGAGUUUGUGCAGCCGUGACACACCUGACUGCCACUGUUUGGAAACACUGGAGUGCGUUCCGACGCCUGCAACGGGUUCAACAGAGACAGGCCAGACAAGCUAAGACCAGACGUUUUCAUGACAUGUGUCAAGAGCUGCAACAUGCGGCCAACCAUCAUGAUGCGCAUGGAAUGUUCAAGAUUAUUAACCAACAUACCCCCAAAAAAUCCAUUUCUCGAAUCAGACUGCGCACAUCAGACGGCCAAAUUGCUGAUCAAUAUGCCACACAUGCGAUGUUGGUGGAGUAUGUUCAACGCACAUGGCAGGGACCACGCAGCCUUCCGAAGUUUUAUGAGGGGGCACCCGGCGUCCCUUUUGAUGCUGAUCAGAUCCGACGUGCAGUGCUCCAACUUCAUCCAAACAAGUCGGUAGCCAUGCCUUUUUUGCCGGCAAUAGUAUGGAAAGGGGCCUCAGAUCAAAUUGCAACUUUCAUCCAUGACACUUUGCGGGUAUGGUGGGGACAAUAUCCUCCAAUAAUCCCCCAAGAUUGGAAGGACGCUUGGUUGUAUUUCAUCCCAAAACCGGGCAAGCCCUGCAAUUGUCCAGCAAACCUCAGACCCAUAUCUCUCAUGGAAACGUUUGGUAAACUUGUGAUGGGGCUCAUCGCUGAUCAGCUGAAGAUGCAUUUGGAACAAGCAUUAUGCGCACUCCCUCAGCUAGGAUUCCUUCCGUUGCGAGGAUCCCUGGAUGCCAUUCGUAGAGUUUCACAGCACUGCAACCUGAUCCGUGUCCUGAUCAAUGCCAACCGGCGCACAGUUGCCCGACAGAUGAUCAUGCCCCCACGCCAUACUGUGGUGGGAGGGGUCCAAAUGUUUUUAGACCUGACACGAGCAUUUGACUGUGUGGACCGGGCCAUAUUAGUUGACCACCUCCAUGAACUGCAUACCCCCCAUGCGCUCCUCACCAUCAUCACCCAUUGGCAUGAGGGCACCCGAUAUCAUAUUGUAUCCCCUCAUAACGUAACUCAUGUGGAUGUUGGUUUAGGCCUACGCCAGGGAUGCAAGAUUGCCCCAUUGUUGUGGCUGGUCUACAUGAGCAAACUGCUCCACAUCCUGGUACCCCUGACUGGUGAGACGUGGAUCAGGGAAUGCAUGACAUUGUAUGCGGACGAUGUGCAUGUGGGCUGCCAGUUUUCGACCAUACAAGAACUUGACCACCAUUUGCAAUGUAUGGGCCAUCUAUUGGAUUGCAUUGAACGUUUGAAGCUCACUCUGUCAUACCAGAAGACCUUUGUGAUUUUGGCAGCCACAGGCAGCAAUAUGAAACGAGCUCUCAAGGGCAGAGUCAAGCGUGCUUCACCGACUAUGCUGGCGGUGAUCCCACGUGGCGAUGGUAGCAAAACAGAACUGCCCAUGCGUUCAGCUGUGACAUACCUUGGCACGACAAUGUCAUAUGGAGCAUAUGAGCUGCAGACAUGGAAACAACGCAAAAGAGCGGGAUGGGCCGCUUUCUCACGCUUGAAGUGUUGGCUGCAACAUCGACAGAUCAGUUUGGCUCAACGACUGUAUUUGUGGCGAACGUGUGUGCAAACCAUCAUCACGUACGGCAUCACAGCCACCAACGUUACAGUGCAGAAUAUUACAUGGAAUCAUUUGCCUGACCUUCUCCUACUCAUAAGACGUUUGCAGGCACAUGAAUCGGCAGUUCCAAUCGAAGAUGCAGCCACUCCCCCACAGGCAGACCAAAGACCGUCCAUGCCCCAAGCGAUGGAGGUAGGCCCACGACCCUGUAAGGCAGAGGUGGAUGACUUUCACGUGAUACACCAGCCUUUCUGGCCUGAGCUCAAACGGAUGACACAGGUGGCCAUGAUUUUCUACACAAGUGAGCAGGAUCUUCUGAUCCCCUGGCCUUUCACUGCGAGCCAGUACAUCAGGUCAAACGACGACGAACCGCAGCCCAAAAAGCCGCGGCAGGGGCACACGGCGUGCAAAGAGCCGGAACCCAACCAGGGGCAGAAGGCCAUGUUGAGCCUGGUCAGACUCAUGGCGCAAGUGGUCAUCCAACACGACAAGGCCAUUCAACUGCACCAUCGACAGGAAUGCUUCGUUUUGUUCGUCCAGUCAAGUCCAGGCAGUGCCUUGACCACCUUGACACAACAAACCCUGGAAUGGAAGAACAAGUGGGCGCAGGAGUUGGACAACCCCAAGAGGCCCAAUCUCCGAACGUUUCUCUUUCGCAGCGUGAUCGUGGACCUGCAGCAGAGAGUGGUCAAGCUCUCACAGAGCAGCCCAGGCCAGCAGCUAUGGGACACAGCAGUGCAGGAAGGGGUGAUUCAGGCAGACGGGACCUGGCCUUUCCAGAAAUGGUGUCAUCAGUCGAAGAAACUCAUCACGGCUCAUCGCAAGCCGGCCGAGAUGAGUCGAGCUCUCAAGGACCUACAGUUUCUGACGGAGUUGCUGGAGGAGAACCAUCAGAUCCAGCGCUUUCAUGGGGUGAAACCACAGAAAUCAGUGGUACCGUGGAUACUCCAGGUCAGCUUGAGAGAACAGGACGUAUGGAUUCUGUUGGAAUUCUGGGCCCAGUCAACGCUAUGGUCGCUGGUUGGGGUGUCGAUGAAGAUGCACUCGCAAACCAUGAGCCGCCCGGCUCAAACCCUGGAGAAUCUGUUGCACCCACGCAACGGGAAGAGUUCAGGAAAUCUUUGUUAUGCCAAUGCCUCCAUCACCGCGUUUGUGUGGGCGUGUCUUUCCAGGCAGACUUUUGAGUAUGACGAUUGGGGUUCAUCAGCUGAGACAUUCAUUUCUAUGCUGAGCAACACUGACAAUCCUUAUGUCCUUGAUCAACAGAGUUGGUUCCAGGAUCUUGUUGCACCAUGGAUAACACAGGACAGUCAGGCAGACUCAGCGGAAUUUACGUGUUGGCACGUGGAGAUGGGAAUGCAGGCAGGCCUGAUCCAAGCACCUGAGCUCUUGUGUGUGCACAUUGACCGUAUGGCGCGCACUGGUCCCAACCUUAUUCAGAAGCUGCAGAUUCCUGUCAUCUUCACUGGACUGAUUGCGGUUCCUACAUUUGUGCAACAGGGCAUUGAAUGUGUGUGGAAUCAGUAUUACGCUGUGUCUGCUUUUGCGCACUAUGGUGAAGACAAUGCCGGGCACUACCAGGCCCUGCUCAGGACCACGGACACAAAAGGCAAUGCAGAAAGAUCAUGUUGGCUCCAUUGCGAUGACUGCCGACGCCCAACACCAUGCACUGAGAUUCCCGCAGGGUUUCAUGCUGGAGCCACAUGUCUCUGGCUAUGUCGGUCAGACGUCAUGGAGCUGCACCCAUGGAAACAUGUUGUUCCUCAGGCAUCGCACAUCGGAGGGCUGAUGCAAAUGCUCGCUGCUUGA